CUGAGGUCCUCAGCAUGUUUCGAAUGCUAUUGGUUAUUGCCGCCCUAUGCUGUGCGCAGGCUCACAGCGCCGUGACGUCACAGCGCCCACGACUGCUACAGGCUUUGGGGGAUGCUACAAAAGCGCUGCAAGCAGCACAGCAAAGCCUUGAAGAAGCGCUGCGAAAGCCUCCGUCGCCAGCUCUGACGUCCGUCAGCGUAGUUCAGGAUUGGAGUUUGGUGUGUAAAGAGCUCUGCGGAGCUGGCCUCGGCGUAGCGCCAUGUGCGGAAUACUGCGCCAAGUCUGGCAAAGUCGAGGCAAUAAAGGUACUGAACAAAGAUUUUGAUUUGGCUAAAUGCGAGCAACUGCCUAGAUCGCCAACAGAUUCUGAGUGCAAUACAGUUGAGUCCGUUCAGUCCUAUGGCACUCGACUGUGUAAAAGUUAUUGCCACCAACGACAACGCACGCUGAACGGUUGUAGUCCUUGCCAGUUGCUGGAUGUUUUGGACGAGGUCAGUACAGAGCAGAGUGUGACUACACAUGGUUCCAAUGAAGGCAAAGCCAGGCUAACUGAGGUGCCGGCCAUGGGCAAAAUAGAGGCCAGCAGCACAGACGAUGGUACGCCGGACUGGGACGAAAUGUGCAAGGCUCUCUGCAAAACUGGCGAUGGCGGGUCUUUGUGCAACUGUGAUUUAUCGCCGUUUUUCACCUGAGCCCACAGCUUAGAUGAAGGUACAUAAAUCACAACCCAAUUAUAUAUUCAACUAUAUAAUAUUUCUGUUGUUACUUUGUUGUACACUAAAAUAUACAUUUUGAUUUUUUGCCGCACUCUGCGACAAUUUCCAUUUGUGUUUAUGCUAGUGUUGUCUUUAUAUUCACUGUUGUUAAUUGCGAAACUUUUGUUGAAUUGUAUAAAAGUAAAGGCAAAAACUAAAAUCUAUAUAAAAAUACAAUUAUAUGUGCGGUUCACAAAGCCGCCGCGAGCAAAAAACAAAAUGAAAUUCCCUAUGCGAAUCAAUUAAUUUGUAAUUAAUUUCAAUUAAAAACAAAUAUGCUAUGAAAUAUAGCAAACUAAAUAAGCAAAAACGAAAAAAAAACAAAAAAAAUAAAACAUAAAAAUCAAUACUUCAAAAUUAAAGUUCUCAGCUCGUAGGAGAGAAACAGCAAAAAUCACAAAAGGGCUUCCAGUGCGGCAUUGGCAUCCAUGGGAUACUGUUAAUUCGGUUAUCCAGGUGCAGAUGUCAACACAAAUAAAACCUAAGGAUUAUUUGUAGCAUCCGCCAGUUGUGCGGAGGGAUGGAGCAAAGCGUAGAAAUCACAACCAAUUAAUAUCAAAAAUACACAACAUAUCGUCGUAAACCAAUUAUUUAUAUUAAAAAACACGCUACAAAAAUAACAACUCAAACUAUUAUAAUAUCAAUUUUUGUUUAAUUAAUGGAAUCAGCAUAUCAAUUUUACAAUGGCAGAAGAAAAAGUUGAUAAACAUUAAAUUUUGAAAUAUAUCUAUAAUUUUGUCUAAAAUACAAAUCAGCAUCAAUUAUGUGUAACAAUUAUAAAUGUUAACCAAGUGUUUAGUGUUGGCUAUUGAACAACCCAUAUGAAUGAAUCAAUAUAUAUAUAUGCAUACAUAUGAAUAUACAUAUAUAGCUAAUUUGGUCUAUACAAAAUGAGUUGCGAUUGCAAAUCAGAGGCUCAUAUUAAAGAAAAGCGACCCAACGUUUUUCGAGGAAGACAUUAAUUAAAUAAGUGUAUUUACUGCAAAUAUCUCGAUGUGCAUAACUACAUAUAAACAUAUAUUUAUAUAUAAAUAUAUAUAUAUAUUAUAUACCAUAAAAUAUUCGAUAUAUGCUAAAAAAAUGUUUGGAAGACAUUUUUUCGCAUUGUUUGAAAUAGAAGACAAUUUCAGCAAACAACAACAAGCAUUUUGGAAGACAUGCGUCAAUUGCAAUACCAACAUCUCUUGCAAUUUAUUUCUUAAGAGCUUAAGCAUAGAUUACAAAAAAAUAUAUAUAUAUAUUGAAACACUUUAAUUUAUUUAUAUUUAAAGGCUAACACACGUUGUUGUGUCGAACGCGACGCUGUGACAGACAAUAAUUAAAUAUACAAUAAUAUGAAUGUUUUGAAUGUGUAAAGUUUUCAAUAACAUCAUUGGCUACACUGAAAUUAAAUCGUAUAUACAUGUUAGAAAAAAUAUUUAUAAUCAGGCACUUCUUAAAUGUUUGUAAUUGCACAAUUAGUUACGAAAAAAAAAGAAGAACGACGAAAGAAAAAUGCAGCAGAGAUUACAAUUUUUCAGAGCACACUUGUUUAAAAUUUACUGCGGCUUCAAUAUAUCAAUGUGUAGCAAGUUAAUAAAAAAAACAUUAUCAAUAUUCAUUAUAAUCUAGUAUAUCGUAAUGCACUUUACAUUUAUGUAUAUGUAUAUGUUAGGUGUUGCGUUUCUGCCAUGAAUACAGCGGCCAAAAAUCACUGAGUUUCAAAGGUAGCUCAAAUAAUAAUGCAAACUUUAUAAUUAUAAUAAAUAUAAUGAACAACAUCAUCAUCAAUUACGAAAAAAACAAAAAAUUCCAAAAAAGUUUUCACGUUUUAGUUCCAGUAAUUGGCAUAGAAUUGAUGCCAGAGUGUGUAACAUCAGCAACAACAAAUAUAACUAUAAUUAAUACAAAUUAGCACAAAAGUAAAUAAAUAUUAUGGCAAAGACAAGCUUAAAUAGGUUAGUCAAAAUCCAUAAACUGUAAAACAACCGAAAUGAGAAACUUAAAGACAACCACAUAUUAAUAACCAUACUACUGAACAACCCUACAUAAAAGUCAAAUAAAUAUAUUAUGUGUUAAAUGU